GCCGCGGCGGUGCCGAGCCCGCUGGCUCCUGAUUGUCCUUUGCGGCGGCCGCGGUCGCUGGCUGCUUGCCUCCGGGCCCGGGGCUGCAGGCGCCAGGGUGAGCGCACCUCCCGCGGGCGGCUGCCCAGAGCAGAAAUAUGUGAGGUGUCCAGAAUAGAAGUUGGCUGCCUCAUGAAGAGCUGAGCUUCACCCGUUCACCCUGGAGUUAUUCAGCCAGGAUAUGUCAGAAACGGCCUGCCUGGUACAUAAAUCCCUGUAGACAGCGUGGCUGCAGGCCGUCGAGCUGGAAUUCCGUGCGGCUUUCUGAGCUGAGCGUGUUUGGAGUGUGGCGUCCCAGCCUGCAGCGUGCGUCAUGCCAGCUUUGUCCACAGGUUCUGGUAGUGACACAGGUCUGUAUGAACUGUUGGCUGCUCUGCCAGCCCAGCUGCAGCCACAUGUGGAUAGCCAGGAAGACCUGACCUUCCUCUGGGAUAUGUUUGGUGAAAAAAGCCUGCAUUCACUGGUUAAGAUUCAUGAAAAACUACACUACUAUGAGAAGCAGAAUCCCAUGCCCAUCCUGCACAGCGCGGCAGCCUUGGCCGAUGACCUGGCUGAAGAGCUUCAGAACAAGCCGUUCAACAGUGAGAUCAGAGAGCUGUUGAAACUACUGUCAAAACCCAAUGUGAAGGCUUUGCUCUCUGUACAUGAUACUGUGGCUCAGAAGAAUUAUGAUCCUGUAUUGCCUCCUAUGCCUGAUGAUAUUGAUGAUGAGGAAGACUCAGUAAAAAUCAUCCGUCUGGUCAAAAAUAGAGAACCACUGGGAGCUACCAUUAAGAAAGAUGAGCAGACAGGGGCCAUCGUUGUGGCUAGAAUCAUGAGAGGAGGAGCUGCAGACAGAAGUGGUCUUAUUCAUGUUGGUGAUGAACUUAGGGAAGUGAAUGGGAUACCAGUUGAGGAUAAAAGGCCUGAGGAAGUAAUUCAGAUUUUGGCUCAGUCCCAGGGAGCAAUUACAUUUAAGAUUAUACCCAGCAUCAAAGAGGAGACACCAGCUAAAGAAGGCAAGAUGUUUAUCAAAGCCCUCUUUGACUAUGACCCUAAUGAGGAUAAAGCCAUUCCAUGUAAGGAAGCUGGGCUUUCUUUCAAAAAGGGAGAUAUUCUUCAGAUUAUGAGCCAAGAUGAUGCAACAUGGUGGCAAGCGAAGCAUGAAGGUGAUGCCAAUCCCAGAGCAGGCUUGAUUCCUUCAAAGCACUUCCAGGAAAGGAGAUUGGCUCUGAGACGACCAGAAAUAUUGGUUCGGCCCCUGAAAGUUUCCAACAGGAAAUCAUAUGCUGAAUAUGCUGGUAACAACAGUGGAACCUAUCUAGCUGGUUUUAGAAGAAGUUUCCGUCUUAGUAGAAAAGAUAAGAAAACAAAUAAAUCCAUGUAUGAAUGCAAGAAGAGCGAUCAGUAUGAUACAGCUGACGUUCCCACCUAUGAGGAGGUGACCCCCUACCGGCGACAGACUAAUGAGAAACACAGACUUGUUGUCUUGGUUGGUCCGGUAGGAGUAGGUUUGAAUGAACUGAAACGAAAGCUGCUGAUCAGUGACACACAGCACUACGGUGUGACCGUGCCCCACACUACCAGAGCAAGAAGAAGCCAGGAGAGUGAUGGUGUUGAAUACAUUUUCAUUUCCAAGCAUUUGUUUGAGACAGAUGUACAAAAUAACAAGUUUAUUGAAUAUGGUGAAUAUAAAAACAACUACUACGGCACAAGCAUAGACUCAGUUCGGUCUGUCCUGGCGAAAAACAAAGUUUGUUUGUUGGAUGUUCAGCCUCAUACAGUGAAGCAUUUAAGGACACUAGAAUUUAAACCAUAUGUGAUAUUUAUAAAACCUCCAUCAAUAGAGCGUUUGAGGGAGACAAGAAAAAAUGCAAAGAUUAUUUCAAGCAGAGAUGACCAAGGUGCUGCAAAGCCCUUUACAGAAGACGACUUUCAAGAAAUGAUUAAAUCUGCACAGAUAAUGGAAAGUCAAUAUGGUCAUCUUUUUGACAAAAUUAUAGUAAAUGAUGAUCUCACCGUGGCAUUCAAUGAGCUAAAAACAACUUUUGAUAAAUUGGAGACAGAUACCCAUUGGGUUCCAGUGAGCUGGUUACAUUCAUAACUAAGGGAAAUUUCCAUAAUCACUUUUUCUUUUUUUUUUUUUUUUUGUAGUGUGCAUGUUAAAUCAGUUACCAUUUUGGUGGUAGAGUUUUUUAAUCUAUGUCACUGUUAUAGAUGAGCAAUCUUGGUUAAAACUGAAUGUUGAUUUUGUUUGUAUCUUUUUACAACCUUAUUUCAAACAGUGUUUGAGUAUAAGAUCCCAAAUCAAAAUUUGCAGAGUACUGUAUUCUGAGCAAAGCUUUGAACCUUCUGGUUGUCUUUAAUAUGCAGCUCUAUCUCCAAGAUGAGGCUGAACUUUUUAGAGAGGCAUCGCUAGAGGAUAUAUAUUGGAGUUCAGUGCUUCAGCUGGUCUCAGACGUGGUCACUGCCAUCAAGUUCUCAUAUUAGCAGUUGAAAGUAUUAAUUUAGCUGCCUUGGCAGCUCCAGACAGACGGGACAGCUUUGCUGUCUUUUGGGUGGAUCAUCAUAGAUUCACCUGAGAAUAAGGAGAAUAAGGCUGAGAAUAAGGAGGAGUCCUCUUACUAUUCUAAAACUGCAACUUUUCUCUUACAUAUACACGAUAUAUUGACAGUGUGUGCAUUUAAAAAUCUUAAAGGAAUUACUGAAAAUUUUCCUUAGUGAGUAGCCUUCAUGUUAUAGCUUGAGAAGGCCUUCCUUAUGAGUACAUAUCAGUGACUCAACAAAUUUUUAAAAGUCUAUCUUCCCUUAUUAUAUAUAUAACUAAAAACCUUUCCUUACAGCAUUAGUCUUAGUAAGAAUGGUGAUACCUUGGGGCAAGUAAUGAUUACAAAGGACAUUUUUAUUUGUAAAUCCUCAGAUAACAUUUCUGGAGUCACCAAAAGGGUUUUUUUUUUAGCUGGCUUUGACUUUUCCCAAUAAAUUAUAAGAAUGUGACUCCUAUUCUAAAAGUAAAUGUUUUACAUGUUACUGAUACAUAUGUUAAAUAAAAUAUGAUCAUUGUCAAAUAUGUGCAAUUGAUCACCAUAUAUUUAAAUUGCACUAAGGUGUAUUUUAGAAAACUUUCCAUGUAAACUUAUUUCUUCAUCAUCAAAAUAAUUUUUAACACUGGCUAGAUAACCAUCCUAAUCUUGCCAUUUUUAAGGAAUUUUAAGAAAGACUCUUAUAUUGUAAAUAUUUAGAUGAGAUCUCUCGUUUUUCUUUGAUACUACUGAUCUUCAGCAAGUAAAUUAUAUAGCUCAAAAUACUAGAAAUGUCCUGCCAUUCUUGCAUGCAGUAAAACCCUGCCAAUCAAAAAUCAUUGCAUCUGUGACUUUCAAACAGAAAAAAUAUUUUUUGUUGAUUUGUAAAGAGAGUUUAGAUGUCAUGCUUAAAGAAAAAUAGAAUGUAGUGAAAUUUUAUAUAUUUAUGAAAUAUUUGAAAGGCAUAUUUUUUUAAUUAUCAAAUGGGGCUAUUCAUAAAGUAAACUGAUUGUAUGUAAAGAUGUCCUAAUUUAAAGUAAUAGUUUUAUAAGUCAGAGUCAACAUUCCAUGUAAAUAUUUGACCUUUAUUCGUACACAGAUAGAUCCACAUGUGUGUUACGUGUGCACCGCACAUUUGAUAGCAUUAUCCACUGGAUUUCCUUCAGACCUGUCAAAUUUCACAUAAGAAACAGAGACAAAGACUACUGCACUGGCCUUGAUACACACUCACACCAAAAUAGAUAAUCAGACUGUUAUUUAACAACAUAAUCCAAACAGUGAGUUCUAAGUUUAUUAGCUAAAUAGCAAGCAAUUUAUUAAAAAAAAAAGUGGGGAAGAGGGUUGCCAAAUCUGAUAUAAAGCCAUACUUUAACAUUGUGUGGCUGGUCUAAGAAAAGACAAGUCUCACAUAGAGGGUUUGGGUAGAAUAUUCUCUUGAAUGUUGACUAAAAUUUCCUAUAAAUCAAGACUUCCUGUACAAAGAGUAAUGGGAAAUGUAUAAUAAUUUAGGCAAUCAUCUGAAUAAUUUAGGUAGCCCAAAUUCUUUGUUUUGAAAUAGCUGCAUUGAUCUUUUUUUUUUCCAUUUGCAGACAUUUCCCUGAAUUCUUUACUGUGGGGUAGAGAUAUAGUGUAGGGUGGGGGAAACAGAGUCCUUUUUGUUGGUGGUGAUGAUGAGGGUGUUAUAAAAAGGUAACUGUCUAGACCUUUCUCCCUUCUUACACUAGAACUGAACAAUAUUUUUAAAAUAAAAGAAAAGGGGCACUGUGGCAAUUUGAGAAAUCUUUUUAUCAGGUAGUAAUCGUGGUCUUGCAAGUUAUGUUUACAUGGCCAUCUUGAUGCUUAGAGAUUUGGUUAAAAUUUAAUAAGGCAGAGCCAACUCCAAGGGCUUGUUGGUCACUGUAGCAAAAAGCCAGUGAUUCUGUACUUUCUGCAUCCCCAACCUCCUCCUCCAGCAAGGAGACUCACACACACUCCUCACUCGACUGGUUCUUUUAGCAGCCCACUCCCAAGACAGAGUGUCAGCCACUAUUUGAGAGAAGAGGAAUGUUUAUAUUUUUUAAGUCCAUAUAUUUAAAAUCCAAGAUCAAGAAGGAAAUUCUAUAGUCCCAUGAUUAACAAAUUAGAGUAGGUUAAAAAUAAAAAAGUGAAAUUGAAAUACAAUUUUUUAUAUUUUACUUACCAAUAUAGAU